GGCGGCGGCCCAGACUUCGCCCGAGCCCAGGGGCGGGAGAGGACCGCCGCCGCCGCCGCCUCCUCCUGCCAGCGGCGGCCGGAACCCAGGUCAUCGUGCAUACCACAUGUCUGUAACUGUUCUACCUGUGGGUAGCAUUGGGAUUUGUUCCUUGCUGCCUGAACACUAUCAAAAUUGCUUUAGGAAUUUUGGACUUAUUUGAUUCAAAAGAAAAAACGGUAACAAAUGGACAAUAUGUCUAUUACUAACACACCCACAAGUAAUGAUGCCUGUCUGAGCAUUGUUCAUAGUUUGAUGUGCCAUAGACAAGGUGGAGAAAGUGAAACAUUUGCAAAAAGAGCAAUUGAAAGUUUGGUAAAGAAGCUGAAGGAGAAGAAGGAUGAAUUGGAUUCUUUAAUAACAGCUAUAACUACAAAUGGCGCCCAUCCCAGCAAAUGUGUCACGAUACAGAGGACAUUGGAUGGCAGGCUUCAGGUGGCUGGUCGGAAAGGUUUCCCUCAUGUUAUAUAUGCUCGUCUCUGGAGGUGGCCUGAUCUUCACAAAAAUGAACUUAAACAUGUGAAAUACUGUCAGUAUGCUUUUGACCUAAAAUGUGAUAGUGUCUGUGUGAAUCCAUAUCAUUAUGAAAGAGUUGUAUCACCUGGCAUUGAUCUCUCAGGAUUGACACUACAAAGUUCUGCUCCAUCAAGUAUGUUGGUGAAGGACGAGUAUGUUCAUGACUUUGAGGGACAGCCAUCAUUGUCCACUGAAGGACAUUCAAUUCAAACCAUACAGCAUCCACCAAGUAACCGUGCAUCUUCAGAGACAUACACCAACCCAGCCAUGUUAGCUCCGUCUGAGUCUAACACUACCAGCACCACUAACUUUCCCAACAUUCCUGUGGCUUCCACAAGUCAGCCUACCAGUAUAUUGACAGGCAGCCAUAGUGAGGGACUUUUGCAGAUAGCUUCAGGACCUCAGCCAGGACAGCAGCAGAAUGGAUUUACUGCCCAGCCAGCUACUUACCAUCAUAACAGUACUACCACCUGGACUGGAAGUAGAACUACAGCAUAUACGCCUAAUAUACCUCACCACCAAAAUGGUCAUCUUCAGCAUCAUCCGCCUAUGCCACCCCAUCCUGGACAUUACUGGCCAGUUCACAAUGAGAUUGCAUUCCAACCUCCCAUUUCUAAUCAUCCUGCUCCUGAAUAUUGGUGUUCAAUUGCUUACUUUGAAAUGGACGUUCAGGUAGGAGAGACAUUUAAAGUUCCUUCAAGCUGCCCAAUUGUUACUGUCGAUGGAUAUGUGGACCCAUCCGGAGGAGACAGAUUUUGCUUGGGUCAGCUCUCCAACGUUCACAGAACUGAAGCCAUUGAGAGAGCAAGGUUGCACAUAGGCAAGGGUGUGCAAUUGGAAUGUAAAGGUGAAGGUGAUGUUUGGGUUAGGUGCCUCAGUGAUCAUGCAGUGUUUGUGCAGAGUUACUACUUAGACAGAGAAGCUGGGCGAGCACCAGGAGAUGCUGUUCAUAAGAUUUAUCCAAGUGCAUAUAUAAAGGUAUUUGAUUUGCGCCAGUGCCAUCGUCAGAUGCAACAGCAAGCUGCCACUGCACAAGCUGCAGCAGCUGCUCAGGCCGCAGCAGUAGCAGGAAAUAUCCCUGGACCAGGAUCAGUAGGUGGAAUAGCCCCUGCUAUCAGUCUGUCAGCGGCUGCUGGGAUUGGCGUGGAUGACCUGCGCCGCUUAUGCAUACUCAGGAUGAGUUUUGUAAAAGGCUGGGGCCCUGACUACCCAAGGCAAAGCAUCAAAGAAACACCUUGCUGGAUUGAGAUUCAUUUACAUCGUGCCCUCCAACUCCUAGAUGAAGUACUCCAUACCAUGCCUAUUGCAGACCCACAGCCAUUAGACUGAGGUCUCUGUGCCGUGGCCAUGUGUCAGGAUAGUGAACUGUAAAAUACAAUCCUGUUUAUAACCUGAAGAUAUAUUUUACUUUUGUUCUGCUUAAUCUUUUCAUAAAAGGUUGGAAAAUGUGUUUGCUGCCUUGCUCCUAGCAGACAGAAACUGGAGAGUUUAAAAAUUUCCCCCUAUUUAGAGACUUGUUCAGGUAUGAGGCAUGACUCAGAGCUUGAAAUAGGGGAAAACAAUCCAGAUGAAGUCCUCACUAGCUAUAUAUGAAGGAAUCAUUCCAGUGCUGGAAAAUGUAACCCUUAGCACAUAGUAGAGCCUUUUGUGUGCAAAACCUAUAUACAUAAUCUAUAGAUGUUAUUCUACAGAAUAAAUUCAACAUUGCUAAUGUUUAAAUGCAGAGAAAGUUCUCAAAGGUAAUUCACCUCUAUCUCAUUCUGUAUGUGAGUGGUUACUGUUAAGCAUAUAUCUUAAUCAAAAAUACUGUGCCAUGUGGGUGAGUUAAUAUUAUUAAGAGCAACUUGACUCUGCAUUUAAGGAUAUUUGGUCACAAAAAUUUCAAUGUAAGCUCUCCCCAGAAUAAUUUCUUUGAAACUUGAACAAGUGAAGACAAAAUUUUAAUUCAUAUUGUAGCUUGCAGCUUCAAUUUUACAUUUGCCAAGGCUAACAUAAUAUGUAUGUACAUAUUUGAAAAUUCCUUAUCACUAGACAGAAACUUCUUUUAAAUGACAUUUUGCUCUCUGUCUGAUAACUGUGAUUAACAAAAGGUAUUUCUCUGCCCGUUGAAGAAUAGUAGCUAUAUUCUUCCUAAAUUUCUGGGCAUUGGGUCUGGUUACUAAAAAAGCCUGGGAUAGGAAAUUGCUUUCCUUCAUUAAUUCAUAGGGAAAACUUUUGUAUUUUUAAAACACUAAAAGGAGUAUUAUCACUCCACUUAAAUGUCACACUGUUCUGCAAAGCUGAUGAUGCUUAAACUAAAUAAUGAAUAACUAGUAUUUUGGAAACUGCUAAAAUCUGUGUUAAAAUACUGUGCAGAAUAAUGGAAACAUUACAGUUGUUCAUAAUGGGUAGUUUAACUAUUUUUGUACUUGAUUUGAUGUGUGAUUUUUCGUAUACAGUUUAAAUCAUGUAUGUUAAUGACAUUGUUUGAAAUUCAGUUUUUGUAUCUUGGGGCAAGACUGCAAACUCGUUUUUUAUACCUUUUGGUUAUUCUAAGCCCUAUGCCAUCAAUGACCAUAUCAGUUGGCAAUGACUUUGUAUAGAGAAUUUAAGUAGAAAAAGUUGCAAUUGUAUUGACUGUACAACAGACACAAUAUGUAUGCUUUUUAUCUAGCUAGUAGUAUAAAUAAAACUCUCAAAAUCUCAGUAUACAAAAUUGGAAUCUAGGUUUGCUUUUAAAAAAUUUUUUUUGCACUCGAGUCCAUUAACUCAAUGGUAAAUCAUUUUUCUACUAAAUGACAGGCAAAAAAUACAGUAGUAAGCAAGCAACCGUGGUUGUUAAUACUUUAUACAAGACUUCUAAUUAUGUCUAAUGUGUAGAAGUUCAAGAUCUUCUGUGAACUUUUGCAGUAGCAGAAAUUGGCCUGGUUGUCUACAAGAUAAAUAAUGUGAAAUAAAAUAUAGUAUCACUCCCAGAUUUCAUUAGGUCCAUUUGUUUUACUCUUUUGUUUAAGCAGCCCAUGUAAACUUAACAAACAAAAGCAGGCUAUAAACAGAUUGUUUCAGAUUGACUUACAAAUCUCAGAGAGGUGCAGAGCGCUUGUGUCUUUAGAAACCUUGUGAAAUGGCAACACCUCUUACUUUAGGCUUAUCUCUCUUCUUGUAUCUCCUUAUUAACAAACAACUUACUGGUAAGCUUGUGGGUGUUAACAUAAACCUGUGAGCUACACAUCUUAAAAAUGAAAUACAACAGACAUUAUAUAAUACGAUAUAAUAAGCACCUACUCUGUGCAAGGUAUUUUUAAAAACCCGUGCAGCAUAGAAAUUCUGUUUCUAAGAGUGCUUUCAAAUCCUUUUAUGAACGGAGAUGCUACUUUUAGGUUCUACUUUAUGCCUAAGAAGAAUUUAGUGCCUAUUAAUAAUCUCAAAUUAAAGACUCUAGGUCCAAUCUUAUGGUAGUUUUAAGAAUUAGGAAUAUAGAAAAGUGAUUUUUCAAAUAGUUUUGGGAAGUAGAUAGUCUUGCCUAAGGCCUUUUCUGUGUGGCCAUUAUAGCCACUGCCUUAAUUUCUACUUCUUGGGCUUUCAUAAUUAUUUUGUGGGGAUGAGGUUGGAGGGAGAAGGUAGAGCAAGUCUUCCAGACUUGUAAUUUCCUUGUUGUGGGGUACUUAUCAUUGCUACUUAUUAGAACCUCUCAAUGUCUUAUUGAUAAAAUAUAGGCUUCUUAAAAGCAGGGACUUUUUGUCUUUUGUCAUGAUCCCCAGUGCUUAACAUACCCCUGGCACAUAGUAGGUACUUAAUAAGUGCUUGCUGAGCGCAACCUAGUUUCACCCUUCCUGGCGGCCAAAGUUAACUUCUCCGUAGACCCACUGUAUAUUUGCUAACUUUAGAUGGUGGAUUUGUUCCUAGUUUGUUUUUUUUUCUUUCCUUAAAUACUGAAGGGAGUUUGGAGAAUAAUGAACUUACUGAAUUGCAGCAAAUUAUAAUGGAAGAAAUAAAAGGAAACAUCAAUUUCA